UCUGUCAAGCAUUCUGCACUUAACUUUGAUUAUAUAUAUUAACCUUUAAGCCCCCUCUCACACUCCCUCAAACCAAAAUGGGUUCUUUGGGUGGUGGUGAAAUUGCAAAUAGCAAUAAGAAGGCUUUGUGGGUAUAUCCAAAAGUGAUGGGUGCUAAUCCUUCUGAAAGAUGGGGACAUUCUGCUUGUUAUUGUAAUGGUUUAGUGUAUGUCUUUGGGGGAUGUCGUGGGGGUUUGCAUUUUAGUGAUGUUCUGGUGCUAAAUCUGGAGACAAUGGGUUGGAACAUAUUGGUGACGACAGGGCAGGGUCCCGGGCCACGCGACAGCCACGGGGCUGUUGUGGUUGGGCAUAAGAUGAUAGUGUUUGGAGGCACAAAUGGUUGUAAGAAGGUGAAUGAUCUCCAUGUCCUAGAUCUUAGGACACUGGAAUGGACUGAACCCGAAUGCCAAGGGGUUCCGCCUUUGCCCCGCGAAAGUCACACUGCAACGCUUGUUGGUGACAGCAGGGUUGUGGUGUUUGGGGGCAGUGGACAAGGAGAGGCCAAUUAUCUUAACGAUUUGCACGUCUUGGAUCUUAAAACUAUGAGGUGGACAUCCCCGGAAGUCCGAGGUAGUUAUAUGCCUGCCCCGAGAGACAGCCAUAGCGCUGUCGCUCUGGAUAACAAGCUGUUUGUGUAUGGUGGAGACUGCGGUGAUAGGUAUCAGGGUGAAGUCGAUGUGCUCGAUAUCGAUACUUUCACUUGGUCAAGGCUUGAUGUUCAUGGACCUUCGCCCGGUAUUCGAGCAGGUCAUGCUUCCGUGAAUUUUGGUUCUAAGAUUUAUGUGAUCGGUGGGGUGGGGGAUAAGCAAUACUACAAUGAUGUUUGGGUCCUUGACGUGGUUUCCCGUACAUGGACUCAAAUUGAAGUGUUUGGCCAAAAGCCACAAGGCCGGUUUUCUCACACAGCCAUAGUCUCUCACUCGGAUAUUGCAAUCUAUGGAGGAUGUGGAGAGGACGAGCGGCCUCUCAAUGAGCUGCUCAUCUUGCAGCUCGGGGCAGAACAUGCCAAUGGGAAUAGUAGCCUGUCUGUGUCUAGAGCUUCUGAAAACUUGCUGGAUUAUGAAUUGAAAAGGUUUAGAAAGCUGGAAGAUCUAUUUAAGAGCAGCAGUAAGGAGAAUAUGUCUGCAACAGAUGCUCAAGGACUAGACUUAGAAUCAAAGUCCUCUUUUUGUAACGGUUCAGAAACAUUGCACCGGAAGAGGAGAAGAAUGUGUAACACACAGACCUACGAGAUUGACUUGGAGGCGGAUGAUCAUUCUCUGUCUCUUUCUCAACGCUCGUCUUCAUCCCAAUCCGAUCAAGAACUGAGCACCGUUAAGCUCGGCCCUGUUGCUGUAGAACAAUUCCCGUUGCUGAGAAAACAAAGCUUCUCACCUAACACUAGCCAGUCUAACCUUGUCCAGAGAGUCGAGACGAAUCCCAAAACCAUCAUUCCUAUAGCUGCAAAGGAUCUGCAUUUGUUCGGUGGGGAACAUCAUAGUAAGCUACCCUCGGAACAGCAUGUUCACGGGCCUCAUUCAUUUAGCCGCGUGUUGUGCCCUAUAACAGAAAGCAAGCCCUUGGAGACGGGGCAAUACCAAAACUUGAUUGGAGCCGAGAUUCAUGGUAAGGUUGAUGGGGCCUUUGAUUCGGGCUAUCUAAUGACUGCGAUGGUGAACGGGAAGGUUUUCAGAGGUGUUCUUUUCGCUCCGGGACCCGAUCUCGUGACACGGGGAUCCAUUCUUGCUCAAAAUUCUUCACAACAUCACACCCAAAUCAAUGGCAGUCAUGUGAAAAACACAAGUGUUUUACCCAGCAGAAGGCAACCUCAGCAGGCAGCAGGACAAGAAAUCUAUCAGAGGUUUCGGACAGUUCCAGGUAGAAGACUGAGCACACAUGUUAAAUCACCUCCAUUGGCACUGGCAUUGCCAAAAGAUCACACCCAUAGGAGUGACAUUCAAGGUGUUGUUCUUACACUGGGAGGUCCAGGAUGUGGCCAUGCUAAAUAAUUCAUUAUAUUUUUCCUUUAAUUUGUACAUCUUCAUUCUCACCUACCCUAAAAAGCUUUCUCUCUAGUUUUGCCUUUUCUUUUUCUCUUCUUCUUUAUUAGCUCAUUGAGGUAGGUAAUUAAGUUGGUUUUGCAUGCAACCUUUGACUUAGCAACAACAUUAUUAUAUUCUUGGUUUCUAGUAUCUCUCUAAGAAUGUAACAACAACAAAAACAAACAGGUUUGUUAGCUACUUCACAACUAAUGAUUGCCAUCUAAAUAGAAAUAACCAAUGUUUCUUUUAUG